AUGAUCACGUGCCUGAGGCCGGGUUUUGAGACCUUCAAAGGUCGAAUGAGACGGACCAGUUCGGUCAAGUUGUUAAAGGUGCACGAAGUACCAGAUUUCGUGAGAGAGCCAGCCAUCAUCACUGGAUACCGGCCUUUGCCGUCGACGGCCAAGGACUGCCUGGAAUCCCUGUUCAUACCCUCCAACGAGACCAUCAACUUCUGGACGCACUUCCUCCCGACCUGGUUUUUCGUCUGGAAACUGAAGGAGAUAGCAAACACUCAUGAUUUCUUCAACGAUCCUUACCAUUCCCCAGUGUUUGGGUACAUGGUCACGGCGUGUCUCUAUCCCCUUGCGUCUUGCACUGCGCACGCCUUCUCCGGCAUGUCAGAAUUAGCACGCCAUAUCUGGUACUUUGUGGAUUAUGCCUCCCUCAGCAUCUACUCCUUUGGAGCGGCCAUUAUUUACACGAGCUACUCCUUCCACGAGUCCUUCUAUAGCAGUUGGAUCCGGUUCGUCUAUCUGGAAGUGGCCGUGAUCCUUGCCAUCGUGUGUACCUUGAUGGCCUGCAGUUCUCGGUUCGUAGAAGAGAACGGUCGCCUCCAGAAGUCCCUCAGGCUUGGGGCCUUCGUUCUUCCCUACCUGUGGGACAACGUUCCGUUGAUGUAUCGAUUGUGGACGUGCGAAGACAAGGCCUGUCUGGAGUCCUUCGACUGGCACUUCUACCAAUUUCUGUCAACGGGUCUGGGGGCGUUCUUCUAUGCUUCGCACUACCCGGAGCGCCUGGCUCCGGGGAAGUUCGACAUUAUCGGUAAUUCUCACAACAUCCUUCACGUCUGUGGGAUCCUGGCUACGGCCAAUCAAAUGAAUGCCGUCUUGAUCGACCUGGAGCAUCGGAAGCACAGCUUCACUCAGAACGGCUGGAUCUUGGACGAAUUUUGGAGCUCUGCUUGUCUUAUUCUCGUGUGUGUCAUGAAUGCCAUCAUCGUCUCUGGGUUUUCCUUCUACGUCUGGAGGACUGACCUAAAACGCAAGGACGUGACGAAGGCUGAGUAA